UUUAGAAUCAAACUCUCCCAACGCAGUACAUAUACACUCUUUACAGAUUUCCCCAAACUAUAUCUCCAACCCCCACUAGCGCCGAAUUCUUCCUGAGCAAAAUUUACUCCCGAUGGUCAAUAGGUAGCUGUGUUCCACCCCAAAGACGCCAUCUCCAGCAAAGCAUCGUCGUCAUGCCACGGUGAUAAUCCAGGCGAUCGAAGCCAAUCUCGAUGGGGCCUUGGGGCGUUGAUCGCAGCGGUAGAAGAGGCCGUGAGGGCCGCAAGGAUGACGGCGCAAUCUCGUGCGAAGGGAAUGGAGGAGAUCGGGAAGAGCGGAGCCCUAGGCGCGAGAACGGAGUAUCGCGUCGCCCACCGCCGGAAAAUCUCAUGCAUGACGUGAUCAAAGGGAGGAAUAAUCAUGGGGAAGCACCGGGAAGCAGUCACGGCAAGGACAGAACGUCCCUGCUGGUGCGCGCAGCGGCGUCGGUCGACGCAGAGAAGGCGGCGUCGGCGUCGGCAUGCCAUGACUUCAAGUUCGGCGACAACCAAGUCAGCGACGCGCUGCUCGCCCGCCUGUUCGAGCUCGGCGCGUCGGCCCCGCGGUUCGUGGACGCGAAGCGGCUGCAUUCUACCGACGUCAGGGUCAACCAGAACCGGCUGCAGCUCCCUGGCCGGAGCCCGAUCUCCCGGGCCUUCACGGACGCCGAGAAGGCCCGCCUCCGGACCUCCGCUGGGAUGCCGGUGCCGGCGCUCGACCGCCGCGGCCGCGAGUACGAGAUGACGUGCAAGCUGUGGAAGGCCGACAAGCACUACCGGUUCAUGGGCCAGGGGUGGAGGAGUUUCCGGGAGGCCCACCACCUGACGAUUCCCAAAGGGGCCCGCUUGACGCGUCGCGUCGAGGUCGAGCUGUGGGCGUUUCGCUCGCGCGCGCUGCCGCCGCCCGAGGGCGACGGCGGCGGCGAGGAGGCCGGGCAGCACCCGGAUGGCGCGCUCGCGCUGGUCGUGCUGCUCCGCGACGACGGCGAGCAGGAAGGAGUGGCGGCGGCGGCGGCGCCUGCGGAGAGUUACACGAGCAUGUUUCGGCAGCUGGCGGCUGCAGCCGCGCUUUUGACAGUGCUGAUAAUAAUGGGGGGAGCGAAUAAGCGCAAGCGCGACGACGAUUCAAAAACCGGGGUAUGAUUGCUCUCUUGUUCUUGCGACCUCAUGUUCUAGCUAGUUACUUUUACAGCGUGUAUUUGAAACCAAUCGCCACGAAAAAGAAACCUUGGGGCAGAAAGCGUAGCUAGUGUCAUGGUGUCACUGUCUUAGGUUAAACUGCU